AAACUUAAUUUUAAGAUUCUCUAAUCAUUCUGCUUAAUUAUGAUCUAUCUGGUUUCACAAUCGUUAGUAGUAGUUCGAACCUGAUCAUGUAAUUUCUACUGAAUUUUAAUCGUUAGUAAUGAAUUUGUCAGUUAAGUUGAAUAUACAAUAAAUUUGUGUUUUUACGCAGUCUUAAGGAAAAGCCACGAAGAAAAGAUAUUAUUUCAUAACUUAUCAGCGUAACUAUAUAUAUUUUAAUUUAUUGGUUUCGAUGUAUGAAAUUUGAACAAAGAAUGUAAGUGGUCUUUUUGUUCAACAAUACCAAUUCAAAAACAUAAAAUCAGUGCUAUGACUGUGCUAUAUGCUGCAUUAUUUGCAUUUUGCUGAGAACUAUAAUAUAGACUGAUACUGCUCAUGAAAACGGGACUUUUUUCAUGAGCUAUAGUUGAUUUUUAAUGCAUCGAGUUUAUCCUUAACUCCCCGCUGUGAAAUUACUCAUAAUAGGAAUAAGGAAAUAUGUAAAAAAGAGGAGCUAAAAACAAUCACGAUCUGCGCACUUUGUAGAAGUGUAGGGAUGUUUCAACUAUUAUAAUCAGGGCUGCACAUGCAUGUUAUGGCUUAAAAGCAUGGGGCCGGACAGUGAGAGCAGGUCCCUACCCCUAGGCAAGGUGCUUUUAAUGAUGCACACAAGUUUUCUGCCCAGGCUUCAUCUAGUUGUCUUGUACCUUUCUAUCUAUUAAGCAAAAAACCAAGGGUUAUUACACGAAAUGCUUCGUUCUGCAAAAGUGAAGGACUCUAAAUCUACGUGGAAGGUGCUAAUCAUGGACAAAGUCACGGUUAAGGUAAUGUCUUACUCUUGCAAGAUGGGUGACAUCACAGCAGAAGGAGUUUCAUUGGUAGAAGACAUAUACAGACGCAGGCAGCCAUUGCCAUCAAUGGAUGCUAUAUACUUCAUUCAACCAACCAAAGAGAAUGUUAUUAUGUUCUUGUCAGACAUGGCUGGAAGGACUCCCUUAUACAGGAAGUAUGUGAAAGAUCUUUUACGUAAUACAUUACAUGAGGGGUUAAAUCUUCAGAAUUCCAAGCAUAUGACAGCUUCUGAUAUAUGUAUUCUUUUAUCUGGUAUGUGGAAAAGGGCGUUUGUUUACUUCAGUUCGCCUAUCUCAAGAGAAUUGGUUGCUCACAUCAAGAAGGAUUCAACUGUCUUGCCUCGCAUAGGUGCAUUGAGUGAGAUGAACUUGGAGUACUUUGCAAUUGACAGCCAGGGUUUCAUCACUGAUAAUGGUAAGGCUCUUGAGGACCUUUUUGGUGAUGAGGAAAAUACUCGCAAAGCUGAUGCAUGUUUGAAUGUGAUGGCUAACCGCAUUGCUACAGUAUUUGCUUCAUUAAGGGAGUUUCCUUUUGUGCGCUACCGAGCUGCCAAGUCUCUGGAUCCAAUGACCAUGACUACUUUCCGUGAUCUAAUUCCUACCAAGCUUGCAGCUGGAAUCUGGAAUUGCCUUGUAAAAUGUAAAUCAAUUCCUAACUUUCCUCAGCAGGAAACAUGCGAAUUGCUUGUCCUUGAUCGAUCUAUAGAUCAGAUUGCUCCUGUCAUACAUGAGUGGACUUAUGAUGCCAUGUGCCAUGAUCUACUGAAUAUGGAGGGGAAUAAAUAUGUUCAUGAGGUUCCAAGCAAAACAGGAGGCCCUCCUGAGAAAAAGGAGGUUCUUUUGGAGGAGCAUGAUCCAAUAUGGCUUGAGCUUCGACACGCACAUAUAGGAGAUGCUAAUUUAAGGUUGCAUGAGAAGAUGACCAAUUUUGUAUCAAAGAAUAAAGCUGCACAACAUCAGCAUGGUUCAAGAGAUGUUGGUGAAAUUUCUACAAGGGAUUUGCAAAAAAUGGUUCAAGCAUUGCCACAAUACAGUGAACAAAUUGAGAAGCUCUCCCUUCAUGUAGAGAUUGCUGGAAAAAUCAACCAAAUCAUCACAGAGCAAGGGCUAAAAGAACUCGGGCAACUGGAGCAAGACCUUGUUUUUGGUGAUGCUGGCAUGAAAGAUGUAAUUAAAUUUCUUACUACAAAUGAGGCAGUAUCUCAUGAAAAUAAGUUGCGGCUGAUGAUGAUUCUUGCAGCCAUUUACCCUGAGAAGUUUGAGGGUGAAAAGGGUCUUAGUUUGAUGAAGCUAGCAAAAUUAUCAACCGAAGAUGCAAAUGCUGUGAAUAAUAUGAGUUUGCUUGCACCAUUAUCAGAGUCCAAAAAAGGCUCAGCCAGUUCCUUUUCUUUGAAGUUUGAUAUUCACAAGAAGAAGCGUGCAGCUAGGAAAGACCGAUGUAGCGAGCAAGAAACAUGGCAAUUAUCACGCUUUUACCCUAUAAUAGAGGAGCUUGUUGAGAAACUUAGCUUGGGAGAACUAUCGAAGGAUGAUUAUCCUUGCAUGAAUGAUCCUAGUCCAAGUUUCCAUGGCUCAUCUCCAGCUGCUGCAUCCAUACAUGAGGCUCCAGUUGCUCAUUCCAUGAGAUCAAGGAGGACGCCAACAUGGGCUCGGCCUCGUGGUUCAGACGAUGGGUAUUCAAGUGAUUCUGUACUAAGACAUGCAUCGAGUGAUUUGAAAAAGAGGGGCAAACGCAUUUUUGUGUUUAUAGCUGGUGGAGCUACAAGAUCUGAGCUAAGGGUCUGUCACAAGCUCACCGGAAAGUUGAACAGGGAAGUUGUUUUAGGCUCAACAAGUAUUGAUGAUCCUCAACAGUUCAUCACGAAACUGAAGCAGUUGACUCCAAGUGAAAUCUCAUUGGAUGAUCUGCAGAUUUGAUCCCGGUGGAGUAGGAAGCUAGGAAAUGUGCAUUUUGCUCCAUCCUGGUAAAAUCAUAGAUGCGUCAUUUCAUUAUAUAGCCAUUUUUUUAACAUUCAAAGGAAAUUGUCCGCUUCUUGGCCGGUGUCACAGUUUUUUACUUCGUUCUUCUUUCUGGUGGGUGUAUUGUAAUUAAUUUGCCGGAAGCCACCAAGUAUCCCCCCAUGUAUAAUAUUACUGUUAGUUAUAGGAAAUAACUCGCUGGAUUUUAAUUAAUAAAAGCCUAACCCCAUAUUCUUAAGACAA